AUGGCUCUCGCAAGACCGUCUCUUCACCUCACGCUUUACAUUCUGGCCUUCCUGUGCAUCCGUGGAUCGAAUUGCAAUUGCUUUUUGCCUAAUGGAACGGACGUCAACCGUCUUUUCGACCUUGACGGCGACGUGUGGGUUCCAUGCUCGACAGCGGGCGACGACAGCAUGUGCUGCAGAACGAAUGUGACAAAGGGCGCGGACACGUGCGUCAGUAACGGCCUCUGUCACAGCAACGGAGGCCCCAUGUUGUGGAGGGAGAGUUGCACAGAUCCAACGUGGACGUCGCCGGCAUGUCUGCAGCUGUGCGUGGCGGCUGGCCGCAAGGUGCAGAACAGCACGAGUGCACGCUGGCCGAACGGAACGUCGUUCCAGGACGCGAACGUAGCCGUCACGGAAUGCAAUGAUGGAAGCUUUUGCUGCAACCGAGGCAACACCGACUGCUGUGCCAAGGGCAACGGUUUGUUCGUCGUGGACGGAAAGGUACAGUCGUCGACGGGAACGCCAACCGCUUCGUUGCCCAACGCUUCUUCCACACCAAAAGGCUCGGACGCAUCUCACGUCGGUGGGAGGACCGGCGGAAAUGUAGGCGCAAUCGCCGGCGGCGUAGUAGGGGGCAUCAUAGCGCUGGUAGCUGUGGUAGGCGGCGUUGUACAUCGUCUCAGGCGAAGAAAAGGCGCGGCUGCCCCCCUCAAUUCCGAGAUGACACAUGAGCUGAACUCUACACAGCGCCUCGAAGCGUCAGGCGAGGGACUGGAAACUUACAAGUAUGCCAAACAUGGCGCGGUUACACCGCAACAGCAGCAAGGUUUGGUCGAAGUCCCGGGCAUUCAUGAAAUAGACAAUUCUUCGGAAAUAUAAAUAGAUAUUGUACGAAAGCUAUAUAUAGAGCACGCGAUUCUGCAGUUAUCAUUCAUCAUGUCGUCGUUCGUGCGGUAUUUGAAACGAAAAACUUG